AUGUCGGAUGGAGACGUGGAUACGAGCAGUAGCGCCGAUACGUCGUUCGAGUCGAGUAUGGUAAGCAAACCACCGACUUCAACAUUAGCAUUGGACUUGCCGUCUACAUUGCAACCGUCGUCUAGCGCGCUGAUGUUUAAUUUCCUUAACUACGAUCCGUCUUGCAACCGUAACAGUUCCAAUCUCACAUCAUAUUCGUCGUUCACUUAUUUCGUUUGUCGUUCUAUGGGGCUCGGGUCCAUGUGCAUGCCUUACGCGUUUAAGCAGGUGGGCGUGGUCAUCGGCUUGUUGUUGAGCUUUAUCGCCGGAUUGACGUUUACAUACUCCUUUAUCCUCUUGUGUCGUUUUAGGUAUAAAAUAUGUCAAAUACACCGAGUGUCGACAGUGCCGUUUCAAAACAUGAUCGAGUACGGCUUGGCACAUGGCCCGAGGGUAAUCAGAUAUUUUUCAAAAUUUUUCAGGUGA